AUGGCAACCCGCGCCAUUCGCAUUGGCUUCGUGCCCGAACACUACCUCCUCCCGCUUCACUUCAGCAACAAGAACAACCUUUUCCCUUCCUCGCUCCAGGUCCAUCUCGUCCCGUUCCCUUCGGGGACCGGCCACAUGAUAACUUCCCUGCGCUCCAAGGAAAUCGACCUCGCAAUUGGUCUAACUGAAGGCUGGGUCGCUGGGCUUCUGAACCCCUCUGUCCAGAACCAAUCACCACAAGAGAAGGGAUAUUCCAUUGUCGGGUCAUGGGUGUCUACUCCACUUCGAUGGGCCAUUGUCACCGGGCGGAACCGAGACGAUAUCUCGUCUGUGGAUGAUCUGAGACAACAUCGACGAGUAGGCGUGAGUAGGAUUGGCAGUGGGAGUCACAUCAUGGCUUUCGUUCUCGCCCAGCAGGAAGGGUGGCUUCAGCACACCAAGGAUCAAAAAUCAGAGGGGCUAACCCUCGUGCCACUGGGACCGUUCAAGGAUCUUCGCGACGGCGUGACAGGCAACACGGCCGACUUCUUUAUGUGGGAACAUUUCACUACGAAACCCUAUUUCCACGGGGAUGACACGCCUUUGAAGAAGAUUGGGGAGAUCUACACGCCCUGGCCCAGCUGGCAUAUUGCUGCGUCGACUGACGCAUUCCCCGACCCACGUUCAGACGAGACCCUGAAGCAGAUCUUCGAAGCUCUGGACAAGGGAAUCAAGAUGUUCAAUGAGGAUCCGGAUGCGGGAAUCAAAAUGCUUGGGACAGGUGAGGCGGGUUGCCACUAUUCCGAGGAAGAUGGGCGGGAGUGGUUGAAAGACGUGAAAUUUGUGCAGGGGACGAGAGGGGUAGAUGCAGGGGUCAUGGGAGGUGUGGUAGAUGUUCUCAAGACGGCUAAUGUCAUUGACUCUACGGUAGAUAUCCGAGAGGGUGACGGAGUCAUUGGAAUUACAAGGUAA